GCCACGCAGAAGAGGCCAGCUGCAGUACUUUAAUCUGAGAGCAGUUUUAUUUGUUAGCUUCAGGUUUACAUUACAGUAGAAAAAAACUCAGUGACUGCCAAAAAACAAACAGCUGGCAGUGUCCAGUUACAGCUCUUCAUCAAGUCCCAGAGCCCCCACACACGUGGCCCAGGCGCUGGAGGGGAUCAGGGAGGGGCCUGGCGUCUGACAUGGCAGGACAUUUCUUUCACGCGCGUAAACGACUGUACCUCUUCCUUCCUCCCCCCGCGUUUUCUGUCCUUUCACAGCUGCAGAGAAAGACAGAAUCACCUCGUGAAUCUGUGAGAGGCUUCUGACAGAUGAACCAGGCAGCGUGUUUUAACUUGAGACCCUGUUCCCUCUGUCUAGACUGAAGACGUCCUCUCUGUCCGGCCCGUUACCAGAGAGUAACCAGUUGGUGUCGUGGGGAGAUAAAGAACAUGUGGGUGUUUCUCAGGCUCAUAUCUCAGUUAUCAACCAACUGAAAUGUCCCUGAGAAGUCGGUGACAUUUGAGGUUUGAUGACCAAGAGCACAUGUUUCUGUUGCUGAAUAUUCAGAAAGUAUGAAAGGGGUGAUUUUGUACAGGAGUGACAUGUCAGCGUCGGCUCUGUUGUCGGACCGAGCACAUGAUACUGGAACUCGCCAGCUCGCACGAUGUUUCCACUCUUGAGCACAAUCACAUGUUGGGCCAUCUUAAAAAAGGCACUUAUCUCUCCUAAGCUAAUUAGCAUCACUGUGACUUCCAGCAGGAUGCAAACUGUCAGUGAGUGUCCGCCCCUUCACAGGACAAACACUUAGCCCCUCCCUCUCUACCUGCAUUGUCAAUAUAGUGACAUGGUUAUGAGUGUCCGGGGUGGUUCCUGCUUCACAUGUGGCCUUGACCUGCACACAGGUCAUUUCCACUGUCUCAGGUGGUGACACCUGGUGAGUGAGUGGAUCCCUCUGGUGAUACUACCUGUCACUGCUCUGACAAAGGGUUAAGUGUGGGUGUUCCCAUUUCCCUCUCACUCCCUCCCAGCCUCGAAUCUCUCACUCUCUCCCCUCUUCACUACCAAGGAGCUCUGAAGCUCAGCUGCACACAGACAUUGGGAGACGGAUUGUGAGACAAAUUUGCACCAGGAGUUAUUAUCAUUAUUUCAACAAUCAGGAAAAGACAACGAGGCCUCGCUCUUCAACACCAGGAACCGGGAGAUUCUCACAGUCGAGCAAAAAGAAGAUAUUUUUUUAAGACCACAAGCUCCGAAGCAGCGAGCGGCAGGAUGGAGCUUCAGAAGAUGAACGGACACAGCAGAGAAGACGGGUUUGACGGUGUGGAUGGUUUGGCAGAGCAGGAGGAGUUCCUCCCUCACAAGCCUGGAGCCAAGAAAGAACUUCAAUUUACAGAUUUCGAGGGAAAGACUUCAUUCGGCAUGUCCGUCUUUAACCUCAGCAACGCCAUCAUGGGCAGCGGAAUUCUGGGAUUGGCUUUUGCAAUGUCCAACACUGGAAUCAUUCUUUUUCUAAUCCUCUUGUUUUUCAUCGCCAUUCUUUCUGCAUAUUCCAUCCAUCUCCUGCUGAGAAGUGCUGGAGUCGUUGGGAUCCGGGCUUAUGAGCAGCUUGGGAAUCGGGCUUUUGGGCCUCCGGGGAAAAUGCUGGCCGCCUGUAUUAUUACAAUACACAACAUUGGAGCGAUGUCCAGUUAUCUCUUCAUCAUCAAGUCCGAGCUCCCGUUGGUGAUCCGAGCUUUACUCGACAGUGACGAAAACAGUGGAGAGUGGUUCAUGAAUGGAAACUUCUUGAUCAUCAUUGUUAGCGCUUUCAUCAUCCUUCCUCUCGCACUCAUGAAACAACUUGGUUACCUGGGCUACACGAGCGGCUUCUCCCUCUCCUGCAUGGUGUUUUUCCUCAUUUCGGUCAUCUACAAGAAAUUCAAUAUCGCGUGUCCGCUGGAGGACACGCAUCUGAACGUGACGCCCGUCGCUCAUGGCGGUCACGCUGCCGUCAACGAGACGGGCGACUUCUGCGAAGCAAAGUUCUUUACCAUCAACUCGCAGACCUCGUACACCAUCCCCAUCCUGGCCUUUGCUUUUGUCUGUCACCCGGAGGUGCUUCCGAUCUACACCGAACUACGAGAUGCCACAAAGAAACGCAUGCAGGGCGUCGCCAACGUUUCCAUCUUGGCCAUGUUUGUCAUGUACCUGAUGACGGCUCUCUUUGGUUACCUCACCUUUUACGGUGCCGUGGAGUCGGAGCUGCUCCACACCUACAGUCGCCUGGGCUCCAACGACGUCCUGAUCCUCUGUGUGCGUCUGGCCGUGCUGGUGGCCGUCACGCUCACCGUCCCCGUGGUUCUCUUUCCGAUCCGCAGAGCUCUGCUCCAGAUCCUGUUCCCUGACAAGCCGUUCCACUGGGCCCGACACAUCGCCAUCGCGUUCUGUCUCAUCUUCGUGGUCAACCUGCUCGUCAUCUUCGUGCCUUCCAUCCGCGACAUCUUCGGCAUCAUCGGAGCCACGUCUGCCCCCACGCUCAUCUUCAUCCUCCCUGGAGUCUUUUACGUCCGUAUUGUUCCUGAGGACCAGGAGCCUUUUCUGUCCAGAACCAAGAUUCAGGCUGCAUGCUUCGCUGCACUGGGAUUCAUCUUCAUGGUGAUGAGUUUGUCGUUUAUCAUCACUGACUGGGUGACCGGAGAGUCCAGGAGCGGAGGGGGGCACUAGCUGCCGUGACUGAACCUUGAUACCUCCAAAAGAAGAAUGCCAACCAAAGCUCCCUGUCAUUAAAAUUACCCCCUGAUCUGCCGAGUUCACAUCCAGAGCCAAACUGUACGGUAAAGAUAUGUGAAGGACUUCUGCCUAUAACCCCAAAAAUACUAAUAAUAACUGAAUAAAAAAGAAAGAUGUGACGGGGCAGACAAAAGGUCCUGUGAUGGAGGAGAGAACAAAGUGUUGCGACUGAAUGGAACCAGGCUGCAACACGCAUGUGGUGUGCAACACGCAUGUGGUGUGCAACACGCGUAGAAAUGCAAAAGGCCGGAGAGUCACAGCUCAGAGGAUGAAUGAGAACGGCGUGACUCAAAUGGAAAUCCCCGUUUGGUUUUAGAGUAUGGAUGUGUAGAGUUUGCUCAGAAAAGCGCCGUCACUGCCAAACUCCUUCCAGUCCACUUCCCCCACAGUUUAGAAGUUCACACGACAGACAUUCGAUAAGUUGUUUCCUCUCCCCCACGACUUUUUGCUUUUUUCAUCAAACAAAAUUAGACUUUUUUAAAAGUUGGUUCAUUCUCACCCGACGUCAGCUGAGGUUGACUCCUCCCCCUCCGAGGCCCCUCGGGGGGGGGGGGGGGGGGGGGGGGCGGUAGAGAUAGUGGAUGGAUGGAUAGUUCGUUCAUUCAUCAGUUUUACAUUGAAGACAUUUAGACGUGUCCAAAUCCAUUUUUUUUCAUAAACUUCACAGAUUCAUCUACAUGUGAUCAGCGAGGGUUAGUCUGCAGUUCCACACUAACCAUUCCACUCGGUCCGAACACCGUCGGUAAAGUCAACGUGAUAUUCUGUCGAUAUAUUCUGACACUUAAAUGUAACUGUUGUAAAGGUCAAGGUCACAGGUUAGAGCCUGGUGUGACCUUUGACCCGUGAUCGCAACAGAUCCGGUGCAGUUUGUGUGUUUCUUUUGCUGCUAUUCAUGAAGGUCAAAGGUCAAACAGUAAAUAUCUGACCAUCCCAAACACACAAAGACAAAGAAAGGUGGUUUGUACAACUUUUAAAUUCCCGACGUGUCCCUGAAGGCACCAGAGCUGCAAACCGAUGAAUAUAUUUAUUGUGUCAUAUUGAGAUGGGAUUUAACACACUAUUUGUUUGUUUUUUAUCAUGUCCAGCGAAGUCCAGUUAUUAAUUUUUACAUUAAAAAAAAUCCAGGGUUAAAAAUAAUGCUGUGUCUCUUUCAGCGCUCCCAGAAGGUUUUCAGUGUGGUGAAUAGUGACCUAUGGAUUUUAAAUUAAAAGGAUUCUUUCUUUUUUUGUCUUAAAAAUUUGCUAUUCAUCCUGUAUAUUUUUAAAUUAAUUUGAAUGUUGUUAUCUGUCAAUAAAAAUAUGUCUUUUAUUUGUA